GGUCGUUCUACUGUCAUGGAUUUGGCACUCAGCAUAUACCUGGCUCUGCGGAGCUAUUUGACGGAGCGGUUCCUCGCCCGACACGGAUGCAACAUCGACAUCCUGGCCGUCUCGUGCGACUCGUUCAACGAGUCGGUCAACGUUGCCAUCGGCCGCGGCUCCGGCAACCAAGUCACCAAGCUCUACGAGAUUCGGGACCUCUGCCGGGCCUACGGGAUCAAGUUCAAGAUCAACACCGUGGUCUGCCAUCUCAACUUCGAUGAGGACAUGAACCGGUUCAUCGAGGAGCUGCAGCCGUUCCGCUGGAAGUGCUUCCAGGUUCUGCUCGUUCCGGGGGAGAAUGAUUCGGAACGAAGGCUUCGCGAUGCCCGCAGGUUCCUAAUCCGGGACGAGGAGUUUGUUCAUUUCUGUGAUGUUCGCCGCCGACAGAGGACAUUUGUACCGGAGUCGAAUGCGCUUAUGGCGAAGUCAUAUUUGAUCCUGGAUGAGCAUUUGCACUUUUUGGAUCGAGAUGGUCGUGAGCCGUCACCUUCGAUACUGGAAGUUGGGUUUCAGAGGGCACUUGAGAGUGUCUAUUGGGAUGAGAAGAGCUUCAUUUCGAGAGGUGGGAUGUACGAUUGGUCGAGGGAUCAACAGUCAUGUUCGGAAACCCACAGGGAUUUAGACUGGUAG